GCGUGGACUAUGCGGUCAUCUAUGGUGCGCAUCACCUUCAGCACCUCGUGACGGGUCCUGUUCAGGCAGUUAGUUGACUUUCAGCAGCUGCCGGGGGCUGGUGUCUGAGAGGUGGUGUUUGCUACUAGUUUCACAGACACUGAGAGUUUUGGCAAUUCGAUCAGAAACAUGAAUUUCCUCAGAUCUCGUCUCUCCACCGGUAACCUCAUCGGCCAGAGAUGCAGAGGCAUGUGCAAUAAGCUACAAGAGACCAAGUCCGAAUCUGCCCCUGCAGCUCCGGCACAAGCACCACGACCCUCCUUCAAAAUCCCAGGCUACAGGCCAUCCGCACUGGACAAGAAGAUUUUCUUAUGGUCGGGUCGCUUCAAGUCCAUGGCUGAUAUACCAGAGACUGUGUCGUUUGAGAUGAUUGAUGCUGCCAGGAACAAAAUCAGAGUGAAAGCUGCUUAUAUGAUGAUGGCUGCCACAAUAGGGGCCUGUUUGAUUAUGGUGAUAUUGGGCAAAAGGGCAGCAGGCAGGAAUGAGUCUCUGACUACUCACAACAUGGAGAAGAAAGCCAGGUGGAGGGAGGAACUUCAGAGAGAGAAUGCCAACGCCCUGUCUGAGAAACCUCAGUGAAGAAGCAAAGCCCUCUCUCCUGACACUUUCCCCUAACACUGGCGUAGAUUCGACUCUUUCCGAUGUAUCAUAACUCCUGUUGUAUGGAGCACAAACUCAAAACCUGAGCAGUUAUUACUCAAGUAGUACUUUUUCAACCAGGCCAUUUGCUUUGAUGCAUAACCACUUAUGCAGAAAUGUGGAAAAGUUCUUAGAGACUCACUUAAUGAGGAAACAGCCCAAACAAUGCUAUGGAUGUUUUUGGUUUUCUCAAAGAGAACAGUACUUUUUUGCUUAUACGAUUUAUAGGAGACAGAUUCCACUUCUGAUAGGAUCAGUGCUCAACUAUAAGUACUUCAGUAUUUAGCCUUUUGGAAGGCAAAUAAGCUGUCAUUUAUCUUUGAACAUCAUGUGGUGGAUCAGAAAUGAACGAUCCCUCCGUCUUGUCUGCAGACAAAUGUAAUCAGGGUUUUUUUUAUGGUCCUGAUGGCUUCUGUGUACAUAAUGAUCACAAUAAAAACUUCAGUAAACUAAUACAUAUUGAGAUGGUUCAUCUUACUUUGUAAAUGUGUUUGGCCCAGAUAAACAGACUACAGAGCCAAAUAAGACAUUUCCUCAAAACACUGAGGGUAU